AUGUCAAACCUUGUCAUCUUGAAGGUGAAGUCGAUGACGAAGAGAGCGGACUCUCUUCGGGGGUUGGUAGACUCGGGCGCGUCGAACAACUUUGUUCGACAGCGAUUGGCAACGGGUGCCAUCGUAAAGACCGAGAAGCGCGUUAUUCGCGCACGCUUCUCGUACAAACACCGGGCGCUUGUGGAAGAACUUCUCGUCCUGGACUUGGACGACAAGUUCGAUAUGGUGUUGGUCAUGCCGUGGCUUACACGACAUGAUCCUAUUAUCGACUAA